AUGGGGUUUAGCAAGUUUUUGCUGGCAAUAUGCUUCUUGGGGUUAACCCUAAUUCAUGUCUCCCUAGCCCAAAACUCCCACUUCAGCUUUGUCCAUGCACACAAUGUAGCUCGUGCCAAAGUUGGUAUCAGUGCAAUGGGAUGGAACAACACACUUGCAGCCUAUGCUCUAAAUUAUGCUAAUACAAAGAAACAAAACUGCGAAUUGGAACAUUCACAAGGGCCCUAUGGAGAAAAUAUUGCUGAAGGUUCUGGUAACUUUAGCGGAGUAGAAGCAGUGAAAUUGUGGGUAGAUGAGAAGCCUAACUAUGACCACAAUUCUAACAAAUGUAUUGGUGGUGAGUGCCUGCACUAUACUCAGGUUGUGUGGCGUGAUUCUGUUCGUGUUGGAUGUGCCAGAGUCGAGUGCGACAAUGGGGGGGUAUUUAUCAUUUGCAGCUAUGAUCCUCCGGGUAAUUAUUAUGGUGAACGUCCUUACUGA